GGGCGGUGGGUACGGCGCCGGGCCGGGUGGUUGCGGAGGGCGGGAGCGGGCAGAGGUGUCGGGGAUGAGGCUCUCUCCGUAGGUUGGCUGUCUGCCCGCCGGGUGGCUGCUCCCGCUCGCAGGGCUGUCGGCUCGGAGGCCGGGCGCCCGGCAGCGCGGUCGCGCUCCGUGGAGGCGGCGCGGGCGGCCUGCCCCGUGCCGCGGCCCGGCGGCGGGGUCCAAAGCGUGUCGGCACCGCUGGCGCGGCUGCGGCCCGUGCCGGAGCGCGGCCCCGGGAACCGGCCGGUGCGGGGCUCCGCGUUGGCGCGGGGCGAGAGCCCUUUGUGCGGCCCCUUCCCCCGCGGCUGCCGGCCCGCCCGGGCGCUGGGCUGGUGUCCGUGGAGCAGAGCGCUGUUGGCCCGAGGGCUUUUGAGUAAUCGCUUCUCCCUUUUUAAUGUUUUUGCUUAAUGAGAUUUUUGUGAAAUAAUUUCCAAGUGGAAUUGUGGUCUCAGGCUGUUCGGUUUGCUUUCUACUCCUAGAUCAUGUUUUGUGGACUGGCGGUGUUGAAGAAGCUGAAUGAAUGGAACAGCUAGAGCAGUCAGGAAGUUUGCGUUUCAUGCUCUCCGCUUGCCACAUGUCACAAAUAACACUGUGCCUCUGAAGUAACCUGGAAUCAUUGGAGCUGUGUGACCUGAGGGACCCUGAGGACCUCUGAAGCAGCAAGGGCGCAAUGAUGGACAACCGUUUUGCUACAGCGCUGGUAAUUGCUUGUGUUCUCAGCCUCAUCUCCACCAUCUAUAUGGCAGCUUCCAUUGGCACUGACUUUUGGUACGAAUACCACACCCUUUCCCCAGCGGAGAAUGUCAGUGAAGCUGGUAGGAGCAUCUGGGACGAGUUUGUCAGUGAAGAGGCAGAUGAGAAGACCUACACAGACGCACUCGUCCGGUGCAACGGCACGGUUGGGUUGUGGCGGAGGUGUAUCACUGUACCCAAAAACUCUCACUGGUACAGCCCACCAGAAACGGAUAUGAUUACAAACUGCAUCAGUUUUUCCCUCUCUGAUCAGUUUAUGGAAAAGUACAUAGAGCCUGGAAAUCACAACAGUGGCACGGAUGUGAAUCGGACUUAUCUGUGGCGACUGCAGUUUCUUCUGCCCUUUGUCAGCCUUGGCCUCAUGUGCUUUGGGGCUCUGAUUGGGCUCUGUGCUUGUGCCUGUCGCAGCCUUUACCCAGCCAUUGCCACUGGAGUCCUCCAUUUCCUAGCAGGGCUCUGUACGCUGGGCCUCGUUGGCUGCUAUGUAGCUGGGAUUAAGCUGCUCCAUAAGAAGCUGCCCCUGCCUGAUGAUGUGAGGGGUGAAUUCGGCUGGUCCUUCUGCCUUGCCUGUGUCUCGGCGCCUUUGCAGUUUAUGGCAGCUGCUCUUUUCAUCUGGGCAGCUCGUACCAACAGAAAGGAAUUCACUCUUCUGAAAGCGUACCGUGUAGCAUAAGCGCUGCUGCUGAAGUACUAGGUUUCCAUGUGAUAGCCUCUUCUCUCCCUGACCCUUACUGCUUUUUUCUUUCAGUCAGGAUUUUACCUUGUGCUCUGUGUGCUUCUUGCCAGUUGAGACAAUUUAGCCUGCAGGCCCUGAAGACAAAGACCUCUGGGUUAAAUGACCAAACUCUGCCAGAAGUCUGCAGAACUUGAACAAGUUUUUUAGUUGUUGGGGUUUGUUUUGGUUUUUUAAGAAUCACUGUUAUUUUUUUAAGCUCCAGUUGGUUGCUGGCUAUUCCCUUGGUUAGAGGUACAUGCCCCUUCCUAAUUUUAUUACCCUGUCAGCCUGGAGGAAAUAGGAGUGGUGGUGUGGGGUGGAAGAGACAUAGGAAAAUAAAAGAUGCAGGCAUAGGAGGAAUGGGAACCUCAGUGCACAAAUAAUGAAUAAUCAGGAGCUGUCUGCUGUGUAACCCAAGCAGGCAUGACCUACAGAGAGCACUCAAGAGACAUGGGGGAACUCAGACACCUCUGUUGUGGAAAUACUGUAGCUGAAUCAGUUCUGUAGCCUAGCUUUGGGUCUCUUAUUCCCACUAGUUAGUUACUUCCUAUGGCUCCUGCCAGAACAAAUGCAGAUAGAGCAGGCAGCUGUGAGACCCUGCGCAGCACAGCACACCAUCCUGAACGCAGGCUCUGCUCGCUUGUGCCAGGGAGUGGGAUAAGUUGGCCCAUGUGGAGCUUUGUGCUGCUCUAGCUACACUGCUUCCAGGACCCAGGCUAGUUUGGUAUCUGCACUACCUGUGGUUGUAUGCUCUAAUCUUGUGGUGCUUUUGCUUGCUGUGAAAUAAGGUUUUCCUCUCUCUUGUUGUGUUGAAAAUGACCCCUCAUGAGUUUUUUGGUUUUAAUUUGGUUUAGUGUAUGUGUGUAUAUGUACAUAUAUAAACUUAACUUUUUUUAAAGCUCACCUGUUUAUCCUAUAUAGCACACAACAGGUUUUUUUAAAAGGUGCUGCUCUUUUCCCAUCUUGCCCCAAACAUAUUGUUUAAAUGAAAUAAUAAUAAUUAAAAAACACUCAAAAGUUUUCAGCAUUUCAUGAAUCCGACGGGAGGGUGAGGGAAUGGUCUGGAGUGAAUUUUACUUGCAGAAAGAAAAGCCAAUGUCUAGAUUGUUCUCUGUUUUCAGGGAAAUGACACCAGAAACAAAGAGGUUAAAUUUUUAUUCUUUUUAAUGAAAUUCUUGGGCUCCUGCUAACUGUAAAUUUUCUCCUCAUCACUGGGGAGUGCAACAUCCCAUAAUUUCUAAUUAGCUCACAACUUCUGCACAUAUUUCUUCUAAAUCACUGCAACUCUAGCCAGACUGGGUGGCAUGUCUUACCUAGAAGACAAUGUUCCAAGACUAAACUGCUUAAUUCUGAGGCCUUAACACCCCUCAUUUCCUUACUGCCUCCUUAAUAUAAGAAGUAUGUCUUAGAAGAAAUAAAUCCUGGCAAAGUGAAUAUGUCUGUGAUGGCAAGGGUUCUGUGAGAUGCUCUUGAUGAGAAUGACAGAAAUAGGCAUUUUUAUCUCACAGCUGGGGUUUUUAUUAUGUUGUUUCGUGCUCCUCCCUCUUUUUUCCCCCACUACGUGUUUCUACCCAGGCUGUGUUUGCUGGGUCAGCAAAUACCAGAUCAGGGGUAUCUGCUAGUAUCAUUAUUUUUUUAUCAUGUGUGUGAUAGAGAUCAGCCUACUUCUCCUUCUAUUAUCAUCACUGGAAUCUUUAUGAAAUGAAACAAGGGUGAUGAUGAAAACCAGGUUCACUGAAAAAGCUGCAGUGGGUCAUUCUCUUUCUCCUGCUGUUGAGUCCUUUUUUACCAUUCCUCCUAAACCAGCUUUCCCUGUGUACAGCAGGCCAGUUCUAACCUGGUGAGAGGAGUGUGGUAUUUUUGUGCAGUGUCUGAGAGUAAAUGAGAAUCUGUGCUGCUGCUAUGUACUGAGAGGGUGCUUUUUCAGAGUCAUUCAUUAUCUCUGACUUAGGUAGAUAAGGCCUAACUGCUCAUCUUGUCUUGUUCCUCAUUUGUCACAAAUACUAGGGUAUGCAAGCCUUAGGUCAGGUCAAAAGGACUGGAAGUUGCUACUCUGCAUUUGAAGAGUAAACACGGCUGCUUGUUUUAUCUACUACAGUUUGGUGGUUUGUUUGGUUUUGUUUCUUUUUUUCAGGAGCUGGCAAAAUAAUGUAGUAUGUGAUUUUAAUCUGAGCGGUGGGACUCCUGUGCA